AUGGGAAAAGGUAUCCCCAUGGGAUUGCCACAGGGCACCAAUAUGGAGACUCUCACCUGUGCCCAGGGCUGCUUCUCAAAUAGCCUUCUGCUCUCAGCCUCAAUCCUGGCCCUCGGGAUGUUCCAAAGCUCCCAGGCAGCCCUCUACAUCCAGAAGAUUCCAGAGCAGCCUCUAAAGAACCAGGACCUCCUUCUGUCUGUCCAGGGCAUGCCAGAAACCUUCCAGGAUUUCAACUGGUACCAAGGGGAGAAGACAUACGGUAGCACGAUGCUCUUCUCCUACAUCCCAGAGCUGCAGAGGCCCCAGAGGGAUGGCAAUGCCAUGGGGAAGCGGGACAUCGUUGGCUUCUCCAAUGGCUCCAUGCUGCUGCGCCGUGCCCAGCCCGAGGACAGUGGCAUCUACCAAGUGUCUGUCACCAUCAAUCCUUCCUGGAGCAUGAAGGCCAAGACUGAGGUCAAGGUGGCUGAAAGGCACCAGAAGCUGCCCAGUAUACACCCACCUAUGAAUGCUGGGACCAUGGCUGCCAUCAUCAUUGGCUCUCUCGCUGCUGGAGCCCUCCUCAUGGGCAGCCUUGCCUAUCUCCUGGUGAGAAGUUGGAAGGGACAAAACCACAGGAUGACCGACACAGAUAAGCCAGAGCGGAGGUUGGAUCGUGAUACUGAGGGAGCGAAUAUCUAUGAGGUGCUGCCAUCUCCGGGCCUCCUGGGCUCUCCAAUCAAUGACCCAGGGCUCUGGAACUUAGCCACGCCCCCGCCCCUACCUCUGACCCUGCCGCCGGAGCCGCAGAACCACCACUACCAGGAUCUGCUAAACCCCGAACCUGCCCCUUACUGCCAGCUGAUGGCAUCCCCCUAA